ACACACUUGUUAUUGUUCAAUUAUCUUAACGACUGUUAAUCUCGUAUAAGUUGUAUAUUAUCAUUUCUCACGCAUAUUGUUAUUGUUCAGUUAUCUUAACGACUGUUAAUCUCGUAUAAGUUGUAUAUCAUCAAUUCUCACACACUUUGUUAUUGUCAAUUAUCUUAAUGACUGUUAAUCUCGCAUAUGUGUUAUAUUAUCAUUUCCCAGGCACUUUGUUAUUGUUCAGUUAUCUUAAUGACUGUUAAUCUCGCAUAUGUGGUAUAUCAUCAUUCCCACGCAUUUUGUUAUUGACUAUUACGACCAAUUAUUUCAAAUACUGUUAGCUGUCUCUAUUGUUUGUAAAAUUGUAUAAAUACCAUUUCCUAAAUAAGUUUAGUCGUCGUUGUUGUAGUCGUCGUCGUUGUUGUCGUAGUCGUAGUGUUGUACUACAAUACACAGUCACAGACCAGACUUUGUCUUUUGAUAUUGCGUGGUUCGCUGAGUCGGAAGGUACCAGAAGCAGAUAGGCAUAUUAGUCAGGCGCAGACAGAACAAGGCAACAACGUACCUCAUUUUAAUUCCCGCUACAGUUACAACAAAUUGGCGACGCGGUUUACUUCAAUUCAUUACAGUUAUAACAAUUGGCAACGGGGUUUUACUUUCAUUCAUUGCAGUUAUAACAAGCAAGCGACGACGUGUUUUAUUCUGUUCAGCGCAUCUAUAGAACAUUUUUGACUGUGUUAAUUACAACCCAAUUACAAUGUCUAUCUCUCUGGACGAUCUCAAAUCCAUCUUGCAGCAGCAGCAACUUCAGAAUGAAGCAGCUCAACUUAAAUUAAUCGAAGCUCUCACUCAGAAGCUGUCAAUUCAAGUCCCAUCAACAUCUCAUUCAGACAAAUACGAAAGCAUCUCAAAUUCCAUCAGUGAAUUCAACUACGACCCAAUAUCUGGUCUCGUAUUUGAUGCAUGGUUCAAUCGUUAUGAAGACGUUUUUCGUAUUGAAUGCCACAUGUUUGAUGAUGCUGCCAAAGUCCGAUUGUUACUACGAAAACUUGGUACUGUUGAGCACAACAGAUAUGUUAACUUCAUUCUGCCUAAGAACCCACGUGAAUUAUCAUUCGAUGAGACAGUCACCGUUUUAUCACAAAUCUUUGGUGAACAGUCAUCCAUGUUUAAUAUUCGGUAUCAAUGUUUUCAGUUGACAAAAAUGCCUUCCGAUGAUUAUGUUACUUACGCUGGCAAAGUGAACAAAGAAUGCGAAAGGUUCAAACCACAUGAAAUGACAUCAGAUCAGUUCAAGUGUUUGAUUUUUAUUUGUGGGUUGAAGAACCCAGAAGAUACUGACAUAAGAAGUCGACUUCUGUCACUCGUGGAAAAAGACCCAAAAAUGACUUUACAAAUGGUGACAGCAGAAUGCCAACGCCUAAUCAACUUGAAGCAUGAUAGUGCUAUGUUGGAGUGCAAACGACAGUCGUCUGAAUUUGAUUCAGUUAACACAGUGAAAAGUCCUCCGAUCACCGUUAAGCACACAGCACGUCAGUCUCAGAAUUCAGCUAAACCUCCUUCAGUGUGCUGGCACUGUGGUUCGUGGCAUUUUGUCAAGUUCUGUCCUUUCAAGAAACAUAAAUGCCGUAAUUGUCACCGUUUUGGACAUAAAGAGGGUUACUGUACACCACAGAAAAAUUCUUCGGUGAAGAACAGAAGUAGUCGUUUCAAGCCGAAACAAUCUCCUCGAGUACAGACCAUUUUCACAACUUCCAAAGUCGAUUUCGCCAGCAAACGUAAGUAUAUUACACUACGUAUUAACAGCAAAUCUAUUCGUCUUCAGCUGGAUACCGCAUCAGAUAUCACUUUAAUUUCCCGAACUACGUGGCGCAAACUUGGUUGCCCACAGAUUCUGCCGACCGAGCAUGUCGCUAAGAAUGCCUCUGGAGAUAUACUGAAACUCGUGGGUGAGAUAAAUUGCCAGGUUCAGUUUGGUGAGCGACAGUUCAAUGGUGUAUGUUACGUCACAAACUACCAUGAUCUGAAUUUGCUUGGUCUUGACUGGUUAGACAAGCUUCAUAUCUUCAAUGUGCCAUUAAAUUCAGUAUGCUCUAAUGUUUCGUCCUCACCAAAUAAUGUUGUUCCCGGACAUGUAUCUGAUCAGUCUCUCGCACAACGCCUGCGUCAAAAGCACGCUCCUGUUUUCCAGGACAAACUUGGUUGCUGCAAAUUCGUCAAAACCCUUAAGCGUGCUUAUGCAAAAACGAAGGGGGAGGGAACAGCAGAAGAAAUUUUGGAUAGAUCCUUGCUACAUUAUCAUCGUACGACGCCAAAUCCUUCCACAGCCGAAAGCCCAGGACGCAGAUCACAAUCUAUCCAGUACGCGAAAGUCAACUCGACAAAGAAGAGCUCCAAAACCUUUUCAAAUAGGUCCAAAAAGCAAGUCCUACACUUUUAACGGGGGGAGGUGAUAGGAUCCCACACACUUGUUAUUGUUCAAUUAUCUUAACGACUGUUAAUCUCGUAUAAGUUGUAUAUUAUCAUUUCUCACGCAUAUUGUUAUUGUUCAGUUAUCUUAACGACUGUUAAUCUCGUAUAAGUUGUAUAUCAUCAAUUCUCACACACUUUGUUAUUGUCAAUUAUCUUAAUGACUGUUAAUCUCGCAUAUGUGUUAUAUUAUCAUUUCCCAGGCACUUUGUUAUUGUUCAGUUAUCUUAAUGACUGUUAAUCUCGCAUAUGUGGUAUAUCAUCAUUCCCACGCAUUUUGUUAUUGACUAUUACGACCAAUUAUUUCAAAUACUGUUAGCUGUCUCUAUUGUUUGUAAAAUUGUAUAAAUACCAUUUCCUAAAUAAGUUUAGUCGUCGUUGUUGUAG